CGACUGGGCGCGCGGAGAGAGGCGGCGCUCCUGGGCGCUGUAUUGUCCGGGCUCGGCCGUGGGGAGGUGGCUGUGGAGGGAAAGAGGAGCCCGCCAGAACCUGCGGCUCCCAUGGAGAGCCCGGGCCCCCCGUGACGCGUCGCUCUCGGUCCCGUUCGGUCCCCGCAUGGCGGCGGCCAUGGCCCCAGCGCUCCCCGAGCCGCCCUCCGAGGUGCCCCCUGACCAGGAGGCAGCGGUGAGGGGCCGCCAGGCAGCGCUGUGGGGCCGGGCGCGCAGCCUGUGCCGGAGGCUGCGGGCGCUGCAGGCUCAGCAGGUGGAGCGGCACGUUCGGCAGCAGCUGGCCGGGCUGGUGCGGUACAUGGGGCGGGCGGCUCCCGCCGGCCUCCCUCGCGUCCUGGGGCCUGACCUGCGGCAGCUGGCGGCCAGCGCCACCGCCCGGCUCCGGGCCGCCCAGGGGGCUUGUGACUCGGACGCCACCGAAAGUAGCAGCAGUAGUGGCGGCUCUAGCUGCGGUUCCGGGGGGGAGACUGAUAGCGAAAGCCCGGAGGAGGAGCGACCCGUACCGACCCCUGCAGCGCAUCAUCGAGCAGAGUGCCAAUGGGCAAUGGAGAGAGCAGCCAUUAUCUGUCAGUGGACGUGGUUGCAGGCUCAGAUCUCUGACUUGGAGUAUCGCAUAAGGCAGCAAACAGAUAUCUACAAGCAACUACGUGCCAACAAGGGUCCAGUUGUCCUUGGCGGUGAUCAGCAGCCUGAAGAUUUGAUGAAACAGCAGGGCCGAUUAGGUUCCACAUCAGUGGUGAAUUCCAGAAGGAAUAAGGGACUACCACAUUCCUCCUCUUCUAUCCAGAAGGUUCCUUCUGGAGAGAGACCAUGUGAUUUGUCGCCCUGCAUCCCUUCCUACUUCAUGAACAAUGUGGAGAAACAGAGUUCUCGUCUUACGCAGUCUUUAGGAAACCCUAUGUGUCAAAGUCCCUCCUGUACCCCCAUCAGUGGGUCUCCAGGACCCCCAAAAGCCUGCACGUCACCCCACCAAGUCAACGGAAAAAUUAACUGUUUGCACACAAGCCGCUCCAACAACAUUUCUCUGGCCAGUUUGGAAGCUGAAGAAAUUCUCAAACAGAAACGACUGGAUAGCCUGGCUACUGUACCCUCUGUACCAGACAACAGCUGUGUUGCAGCUAGAAUCCGCCCCAUUUGCAGAUACAAGAAACGCAAGCUGGUCCGAGCUAACACUGUCUCUCUCCUUAGCAAGAAGCCGCAGAAACCUCUCACCAUGAAGUGUAGCUGUGAAUGGCCCAGCACUUGUAUCCUCUGUGGUUGUAAAACCUCUAUUCAGGCCAUAGACCCAGACACUAUGUCCUUAGAAGAGCGUAUAGCACUGCUGGAUUCUGGCUUCCAUCCCAUACUGUCGUUCUCUCCUGACAAGCCUCUUCACUUGCACUUUGAAACCUUACUAAGAGAUGACAGGCAGCAUAGAUUGAGCCAUAAGCUCAAGGCUCUGAAGAUGUCCCAUUUUGGAAAGAAGCCACAAGAUCUAACCAACGUUUUCCCAAAGCUAGGCCUAUCACCUCUCUCUGCAUCCAGUUCAUUGUUUAAGGUGGAGAGGCAGCUUAAAGGAACAGACAAUCACAGCUUGCUCGUUUCUGGUUCUCAGACACAUAAACAUAGUCCUUUGAUGCACCACCUACCAUCUUUGUAUCUAGAAACUCCUCCAGCCCCAUCUUCCAGCCAGUCCCCUUCCACUGCUAAUUCAACAACGGUAUCCUCGAAGAAAAGAAAAGUGGAAUGUUCCUACGACAUCAAUAACAUUGUGAUCCCAAUGUCGAUGGCAGCAGCCACUCGAGUGGAGAAGCUGCAGUACAAAGAGAUUCUAACACCAAGCUGGAGAGUGGUAGAGCCCAAAGAUGUGGAGCCAUUGGAUCAUAUGGACUUUGAGUUGGAAGACACUUCUGAUGAGACCUAUUUGAACCAUCACACCAAGUAUGAGGAGCUUGAACGAGCCCGAUGGGAUUCGUGGGCAGCAGCUGUUUCCCACAAGCGAGGAAACAGGUCCUCCAACAAAACAGAUGGUCGAUGGACACCUCAACCAGCAUCUCCAGAUCCUGGAUUUAAUUGCCUUAAUGACUUUCUCUAUAUGCACCCUUCUAUGGGAUCUCACAGCCCUGAGCCUUUUAACAUUCUGCACCCCCUCUCUAUAAAGAACAGGACUAGAGUGCCGCUGUCCUGCACUGAGGACACCAGACUCUCCCCAGAAAUACUAAAUGAAGUAAUACAGAGUGUACAACCUUGGGAACCACGUACAUUUCCUCUUUCAGACACAGCAUACGAAGCUCUUCUGGAACAGCCAAGUGAAGAUGGAUGCAAGCAGUCAGGAGACUUUCAACAGUGGGACUCUAGCAACAAGCAGGGUAUCGGGACUAACAGUAUAGACUCUGGCAUAUCUAACUCCAAGGAGCCACGUGUUUCAGAUAUGGACCUGCAAACAGAGGGCAAUAGAAGCUUGGAGGUGUUCACAGACCAGCAAUGCUUCCCAGGAAGGCUGUUCAACAACAGAUGAACACCUGAUUUAUGUGAUGUGUUGUUAGGCACAUAGUUUAUUUCAGAAUCAAAAGCUUGGCUGAUGAGCUGGUUCAGAGGAGCACUGGCAGUGAAUGGUGCUGCCAUGCCUGAGACCUAGGUUCAGCAGCAGAUUUUGGGCUCCCACGUCCCCAGAUUGGGAAGAGUUGGGCACACUGCAGAAAUAAGGUGCUGGACCUCUGAGAGGACAGUGCUGUCCAGAAAAAACAACUGGUUUACUCUGGAGAAAAGGGAUCAAUUGCCCUGCUGGCAAGAAGGUUAGGUGCUGCGACAGUUGCAGCAGCCCAGGAUAAUGCAGAGAAAGAUGGUGGGUUAAAAAACAAAACAAAACGAAAAUCAAACAAUAAAGAGGAAACUAAAUUGGCUGUUCUAACUUUAAUUGUUCAAUAUUCAAACAUCUCUAUCUUGAAAGGGUGCCCCCUGGCUGCACAUCCAGUCUUCAGUGGCGUUUUGUCUAGUGUGUCAUGGUGGAGCAGGAAUAGGAACAGAUUUCCAAGAGAUCCAACUGAUAAACACCUGAAAAGGUAUGGGGAAGUCUAACGGUGCUGCAUGGCUUUUAUUUUUAAAUGCAGCUAUGAAAACAAAUCCUUUCUUGAGAGUAUGUGAAAACCAGGUUCCCUUGGCCUUGCACAAAUGACGUUUGUAUCAAUUGCCUUCAAAUAAACUACAAAUCAUUUUCAUGCUGUGGAUGUUUUCAUUUAUUUAGUAUAUAUUCUCACUGUAAUGAAACUGACAGGAUGGAUGGAGAUCAAUCUCUAACUUGUUCACAGCUUUUUCUCAAUUGUUCUCUAUCAUGGAUCUCAGCUGGCAAACCUCUGUAAAGCAAAACUACUGGGGAAAGAAAAUACCAUAGAUUCAUUGUACAGAGGGGGGUACAGCUCUCAACUAUCAGAUGGUAGGAAGGGUGUUGAGCCAUUUUUGGGGAGCCCUUCUGGAAAAUGAUGAGUCAGAAUGCUGCCCUUCCAGAACAUGUAGUACUUUUUAAUACCAACAUUUAGAAAGGGGGCUUGGAAAUGUGUUAAGGUAACACAGUGGUAACAUGUUCAACUUUAUUUGACAUGCAUCCUCCUUUUUACUUUCCCACUUCGAAUCUCUGCCCUUUGCAGAUGGUAUGUUUACAUCCCAGGACUAAUGGAACUAAACAUUUAGCCCACUUUUUUUUUAAUGAACCAGUUUGAUAAAUAGCUUACUCGUGUUGCCAUUGUAAAUCGUCUAUAAGGUCAGUAUUUCUAAGUUAUUCCUGGAUAGCUGGACAUCACUGCUCUUCUGAGUUUCCAAUGGUGUCCUUGCAGGUAUUCCCUCCUCUCCUGAGUUGGGACAUU